AUGUCUCACCGCAAGUUUGAGCACCCAAGACAUGGUUCUUUGGGAUUUCUCCCAAGGAAAAGGGCAUCUCGUCAAAGAGGAAAAGUGAAGGCCUUUCCCAAAGAUGAUCCAACAAAGCAAUGCAGGUUGACUGCUUUCCUUGGAUACAAAGCUGGGAUGACUCAUAUUGUGCGAGAAGUUGAAAAACCUGGGUCAAAGCUCCACAAGAAGGAGACAUGCGAGGCUGUAACUGUUAUAGAAACACCGCCUAUGGUGGUUGUUGGAGUUGUUGGGUAUGUCAAAACACCACGUGGCCUCCGUUGUCUGAAUACUGUUUGGGCUCAACAUUUGAGUGAGGAGGUUAAGCGGAGAUUCUACAAAAACUGGUGCAAAUCUAAAAAGAAGGCUUUUACCAAGUACUCCAAGAAGUUUGAUACUGAAGAAGGGAAGAAGGAUAUUACUGCUCAGUUGGAGAAAUUGAAGAAGUACUGCUCUGUCAUUAGGGUUUUGGCUCAUACGCAGAUUCGUAAGAUGAAAGGACUUAAGCAAAAGAAAGCCCAUCUCAUGGAGAUUCAAGUGAAUGGAGGAGAUGUUGCGAAGAAGGUGGAUUAUGCUUAUAGCCUUUUUGAAAAGCAGAUUCCUGUUGAUGUGGUUUUCCAAAAAGAUGAGAUGAUUGACAUUAUUGGGGUGACAAAGGGUAAGGGAUAUGAAGGUGUGGUGACCCGUUGGGGAGUUACCCGCCUGCCUCGUAAAACCCACCGUGGUCUUCGUAAGGUUGCAUGUAUUGGUGCCUGGCAUCCAGCUAGGGUUUCAUUCACUGUUGCCAGGGCUGGGCAAAAUGGUUACCAUCAUAGGACAGAGAUGAACAAGAAGAUUUACAAGCUGGGAAAGACUGCUCAGGAGUCUCAUUCUGCCAUGACGGAGUUUGACAGGACUGAGAAAGAUAUCACUCCGAUGGGGGGUUUUCCUCAUUAUGGCAUUGUGAAAGAUGAUUAUCUGAUGAUAAAGGGCUGCUGUGUGGGACCGAAGAAGCGGGUUGUCACUUUGAGGCAGUCAUUGCUGAACCAAACAUCAAGGUUGGCCUUGGAGGACAUCAAACUCAAGUUCAUAGAUACAUCCUCUAAAUUUGGCCAUGGUCGCUUCCAGACAACAGAUGAAAAGGCCAAGUUCUACGGUCGACUUAAAGCUUAA